AUGGGUUAUGUGUAUACAAGUCUGUUUUCUGGGUGGUGUUUCACUAAUAACAAUCCUUGGAUUGAUAAGGGCAGGAUAAUAAUUGCUUGGAACCCUAGAGUCUUCUCUCUAGAUAUCAAGCUAUGUACUACACAAUUAAUUCACUGUUUAGUGCAGGUUCCAAACAGAACAGGAAGGUUUUUGGUCACCUUUGUGUAUGGUUAUAAUGAUGAGUCCUUCAGGGAGCAGCUAUGGAAUGAUUUACAAGAUUUGGCUGUUGGUAUCACUGAACCUUGGAUGGUGAUCGGAGACUUCAAUGAGAUUCUUUCACUACAAGAUAGAAUAGGCAAAAAGAUCACCACUAAGAUUUCAAAGGUUGUUUUCUUACCAGAAGGGAUUUUUGACCAUAGUCCAAUUCUGGUGCAUAUUACUUUAGAGAUGCAAUUGGAGAAGAAGCCAUUUAGGUAUUUUCGGAUGUGGCAAGAAGCACCUGGUUAUGAAGGCAAAAUCCAGACCAGCUGGAACUUACCAGUUGCUGGUACCCCAAUGUUCCAAGUUGUAUCUAAACUGAAAAGGUUGAAACAGGUGCUAGUGAGUAUAAAUAGAGAGGGAUUUUCGGACAUUCAGCAGACAGAAUUUAAGGCGGGGCUACUAUUGAAGGAACUUCAGGAACAAUUGCAGAAGGAUCCUUUCAAUGAUAGGUUGAUUACUCAAGAACAAUUGGCUAGAGAACAGUAUCUUUAUUGCCAUAAAGCUUAUUUGAUGUUCUUAGCUCAAAAAGCUAAAGUUGUUUGGAUGGUCAAUGGAGAUGAAAAUACUCACAUCUUUCAUGCUUCUCUUAAGGCUAGGAGAAUACAGAAUAGGAUUAUGUCCAUCAAGACUAAGGCAGGGGUUUGGGUCGACUCUCCUACAAAUAUAAAACAAGCUUUUUUGGAUUAUUACCAAGGCUUGUUGGGGACAGCCAUGAUGCACAGGAAAACAGUGUCUCGGUCAAUUAUGAAGCUUGGACCAGUUCUAAAUGCAGCUCAUAUUCAGGAUCUCACAAUAGAUUUUUCAACUCAGGAGGUUAAGGAUGUAAUAUUUGCAAUUCCAGGUUUGAAAGCACCAGGUCCAGACGGAUAUAGCAGCUACUUUUACCAAGAUAAUUGGAAUCUAGUGGGUUCGGAGGUUACUACAGCAGUGUUAUCAUUCCUGAAUUCAGGUAAACUUCUUAGGGAGAUCAAUAACACAACCAUUACACUCAUUCCCAAGCAUAUUUGCCCUGAUACAGUUUCAUGUUGUAAUGUCAUAUAUAAAGCAGCUUCCAAGAUGAUAUGCUCAAGACUUUGGAAAGUUCUACCUGACAUAAUUGCAGAAAAUCAAGGGGGAUUUGUGCAUGGUAGAUACAUAGCUCACAAUAUCAUGAUAUGUCAAGACUUAGUUCGACAUUAUGGGAGACAGAGUUGUAGGCCAAGUUGCAUGAUCAAAUUGGAUUUGAGGAAAGCAUAUGAUACUAUAGAAUGGGACUUUAUAGAAGAAAUGCUCACUAUUUUUCAGUUUCCUUAG